AUGCAGCUCACAUAAUCAGGAAAACCACGCAGUGCUCGUCAUCUUCUUUGAAUUCGAGCUCGUCUUUUCGACCGGAUGCAAUCGGCUUUAGGAGGCUGUCGGAGGGCUGGUCUUCCGAGACCGAGCAAGGGGCUGUGCCUUAAGAUGUUGCGAUCUUUGACGUAAUUUCUACGAAUCUCGGUCUGAGACUGUUUUAUCACUACCCGAAUAUCUAUCGUACGGGCAGGCUCGUAGUGCGGACGACGUUCAGUAUCUGUCUAGUCACACCCCGUGUGACAUGCGACUACAUACCAAGCUACUAUUCUUGGAUCACCGAGAAUCUCGUUAGGAUUGCGCGGAGACGAAUUGAAGUCAGUCUAUUACCAGAGAAAUGAUGCCGGAAUCGCAACAAAAUACAACCGAGGGCAUUCCUGCACCUGCCAGUCCGUCAGCACGAUCGCAGUUAUCAGACGGUGCUGGCUCUACCCAAGACGCGGCUUCUGAAGUCGAGAGCCUGAAUAAUGAUGAAGUAGCGAAGACUUUAUCUCGCCGACGAAGCUAUGCUUCCGGGCACGAGGGUGCGGAUUGGGCACAGAUCGAGCGAUUGAUUUCGCGUAUGUUCGGAAAUGAACGAAAAGCCAAUUCGGAGGAAGAGCAGACAAGACAUGUCGGCGUAAUUUGGAAGAAUCUCACGGUGAAAGGUCUGGGUCUAGGAGCAGCACUCCAGCCUACGAAUGGGGACAUUUUUCUUGCUAUACCAAGGCUCAUAAAGGGACUUUUUACUCAUGGAAAGAAGGCUGCUGGCACCAGGAAACCAGAGAUACGCACCAUCUUGGAUGAUUUCACAGGAUGUGUACGCCCUGGAGAGAUGCUUCUGGUACUAGGGCGCCCCGGCUCAGGCUGCUCAACGUUUCUGAAAGUUAUAGGGAACCAAACACAUGGUUACGAGAGCAUCGAGGGAGACGUGCGAUAUGGAGGAACAGACUCUAACACGAUGAAGAAGAAUUACCGCUCAGAAGUCUCAUACAACCCCGAAGAUGAUCUCCACUAUGCCACAUUGACCGUUAAAGAUACAUUGUUAUUUGCCCUCAAGACCCGAACCCCUGAUAAAUCAUCACGCAUCCCUGGCGAAAGUCGAAAGGAUUAUCAGCAGACUUUCCUUUCGGCGAUCGCCAAGCUCUUCUGGAUUGAACAUGCCCUUGAAACGCGAAUUGGGAACGAACUGAUUCGUGGAGUUUCGGGCGGAGAGAAAAAGCGGGUUUCGAUCGGUGAAGCGAUGGUGACAAAAGCUAGCACUCAAUGCUGGGAUAAUUCGACCAGGGGCCUCGACGCAAGCACCGCGCUCGAGUACGUCCAGAGCCUGAGAAGUCUUACCAAUACAGCGCAUGUCUCAACAUUAGUCGCGCUCUAUCAGGCUUCGGAGAAUCUUUUCAACCUUUUUGACAAGGUGAUUCUCAUCGAGGAUGGGAAGUGCGCGUUCUUUGGUCCUACCGAAGUAGCGAAAAUCUACUUGGAAAAUCUGGGAUUUGAAUGUCCUCCCCGGUGGACAACACCCGAUUUCUUGACAUCAGUCAGCGAUCCUCAUGCAAGAAGAGUGAAGCCGGGGUGGGAAGAUCGUAUCCCGCGAACGGCCGAGGAGUUUCAAGCGGCGUAUCGACAAAGCGAUGUUUUCAAACAGACACUCACGGACAUUCAGAGCUUCGAGGACGAGAUCGAAUCUCAGAAGCAUGAGAGAGAGGCUGCCAUAAGCAAAGCGACUACAAAGAAUUAUACGGUCCCAUUCUGGAAACAAGUUGCCAUCCUCACCCAUCGACAAUUUCUGGUCAUGUUUGGUGAUAGAGCUGCUCUCAUUGGCAAAUGGGUUGUCCUCGUCUUUCAGGCCCUCAUUGUAGGAAGCCUGUUCUACAAUCUUCCUAACACAAGCUCGGGGGUUUUUACACGAGGUGGUGUGAUGUUUUAUAUCCUUCUGUUCAACGCUCUACUUGCAUUGGCUGAGCUAACAGCCGCGUUCGAGAGCCGUCCCAUACUGAUGAAACACAAGAGCUUCUCUUUUUAUCGGCCCGCGGCAUAUGCGCUGGCGCAAGUCGUCGUGGAUGUUCCAUUAGUAUUCAUCCAAGUGUUGCUUUUUGACAUCGUCGUUUACUUUAUGUCGAAUCUCGCACGGACAGCGUCCCAGUUUUUUAUAAACCUGCUUGUCAUCUUCAUCCUCACAAUGACCAUGUACUCUUUCUUCCGUGCACUCGGUGCAUUAUGCGCAUCAUUGGAUGUUGCAACUCGACUCACGGGAGUCGCAAUUCAAGCACUCAUCGUAUAUACUGGAUACCUGAUCCCACCUUGGAAGAUGCACCCGUGGCUCAAGUGGCUUAUUUGGAUAAACCCAGUCCAAUACGCAUUCGAAGCGCUGAUGGCAAAUGAAUUUUACAAUCUUGAAAUCAAGUGUGAACCGCCAUACAUUGUGCCUAACGGACCCGAGGCAGCUUCUUCCCAUCAAGGUUGCGCAAUUCAAGGCAGCAGUCCGGACAGCUUGGUUGUACAAGGAUCCGACUACAUCGAGGCUGCGUUUACGUACUCACGGUCCCACCUUUGGAGAAAUUUAGGCAUCAUGAUAGCUUGGCUCCUUUUCUUUAUCUUUUUGACCAUGCUUGGAAUGGAAAUCCAGAAGCCUAAUAGAGGUGGGAGCUCCGUGACGGUCUUUAAAAGAGGCCAGGCACCAAAAGCAGUUGAAGAAGCGAUAGAAGGUAGCAGGCCCCCGGCAGAUAUUGAAUCUGCUGAGAAAAACGGACGAUCUUCAGGCAUGGACGAUGACGAGGCCGAUCGGAAGGUCGAGAAUAUCGCCAAAAAUACAUCCAUCUUCACGUGGCAGGAUGUGAAUUAUACCAUCCCUUACAAGGGUGGACAGCGCAAGUUGCUACAGAAUGUCAAUGGAUACGUCAAACCCGGUCGACUCACAGCAUUAAUGGGUGCAUCAGGUGCAGGCAAAACUACUCUACUCAACUCCCUAGCCCAGCGGAUCAAAUUUGGCGUUGUCACCGGAAGCUUCCUAGUUGACGGAAAACCACUCCCUAAAAGCUUCCAAAGAGCAACCGGUUUUGCCGAGCAGAUGGAUAUACAUGAGCCUACGGCUACGGUCCGCGAGUCUUUACGCUUCUCCGCCCUUUUGAGGCAGCCAAAAGAGGUCCCUCUACAAGAGAAAUAUGCCUACUGCGAGAAAAUCAUUGAUCUGUUGGAGAUGCGUUCAAUUGCUGGUGCUACUGUUGGAUCCGCUGGCUCUGGCUUGAAUCAGGAACAGCGCAAGCGUCUCACUAUUGCGGUAGAGCUAGCCAGUAAACCAGAGCUGUUGCUUUUCUUGGACGAGCCCACCUCUGGUAUCGAUUCACUGGCCGCAUUCAAUAUUGUGCGUUUUCUCCGACGACUCGCCGAUGCCGGCCAAGCAGUCCUCUGUACCAUUCACCAACCGUCAGCCGUGCUUUUUGAGCAAUUUGACGAACUUCUUCUGCUCCAAAGUGGUGGCCGAGUGGUGUAUAAUGGUGCUUUGGGCUCGGAUUCCAAAACCCUGAUCGAUUAUUUUGAGCGAAAUGGGGGCAAGAAAUGUUCCCCAAAGGCCAACCCAGCAGAGUAUAUGCUUGAAGUAAUCGGCGCUGGGAAUCCGGAUUAUGACGGACAGGACUGGGGCGACGCGUGGGAAAAAUCUCCAGAAUCUAAACGACUUUCUGAUGAAUUAAAAAAUAUAAUCAGUUCCCGCGGUAGCGAGCAGCAGGAGGAGAUUACCAGGGAUGACCGGGAGUUCGCCAUGCCGCUCUCCGUUCAGAUACUGGCAGUAACAAAGCGAGCCUUCGUGGCAUACUGGAGGCUACCAGAUUAUAUUCUUGGCAAAAUGCUGCUCCACAUCGUUACAGGCCUAUUCAACACUUUCACAUUCUGGCAUUUGGGCAACAGUUAUGUUGACAUGCAGUCGAGACUGUUCUCCAUUUUCAUGACCUUGACAAUCUCUCCACCUCUAAUCCAGCAAUUACAGCCACGGUAUUUGCAUUUCCGAGGUAUCUACGAGUCGCGCGAGUCAAACUCCAAGAUUUAUUCCUGGGUCGCCUUCGUAGUGAGUACCAUUCUCCCAGAACUACCAUAUUCCAUCGUUGCCGGAUCGAUAUACUUCAACUGCUGGUACUGGGGCGUUUGGUUCCCACGGGACUCUUUCAGCUCAGGUUACACCUGGAUGAUGCUCAUGCUAUUUGAAUGCUUCUACGUUGGAUUAGGACAAUUUAUCGCUGCCUUUUCACCAAAUGAGCUUUUUGCAUCAUUGCUCGUGCCCUCAUUCUUUACUUUCGUCAUUUCCUUCUGUGGUGUUGUCGUGCCCUAUGCCGCUCUUCCCCACUUUUGGCAGUCGUGGAUGUAUUGGCUCACGCCUUUCCACUACCUGCUCGAGGGUCUCUUGGGUGUUGUAACGCAUAACGUCCCUGUUAUAUGCGUCGAACGAGAAGAGGCAUUUUUCAGUCCACCAGCCGGCUUGACUUGUCAGGAAUACGCCGGUUCAUAUGCGCAGAGUUCUGGUGGCACUAUCCGUGAUGCUGGAAAUGGCUUGUGCGCAUUUUGCCAGUACUCCACCGGCGAUGAAUUCGCGGCCAGCUUCAAUGUCUUCUACUCUUAUAAAUGGCGAGAUUAUGGUAUCUUCUGGGCUUUUGUCAUCUUCAACUUCGCUAUGGUCUUCUUUUUCUCUUGGCUAUACCUCCACGGAGCUCGAGAUCUGAAGCGAUGGAAUAGUAAACGCAAGACGAAAAAGGUCAAGAAAGCCGCAGAUUGAGUCAAAGGGUGGAACUAGUCAGUACGGACGUGUUUUGCAGGCACUGAGUUUUGGCUUUGGAGAGACAGCGGAAUAUGCCGAACUGGGCCGGGAAGGUCGUUGAAAAUGAAUAUUUCUUUAAUGCUAUCGCAAG